AUGGAGACGAGCGACGACUUUACUAAGCAACUCAACCAGAAACUUCAGACAUCGGCGCGUUCGCGUACUUAUUGCUAUGCAAAAGUGCUCAUUCUUUACUGGAAAGACGGCCAUGAGGAUUUUCAAACGGAAGGUCAAGAAUUGGGACAGAUGUUCAGAGAUUCUUUUCAGUAUGGAGUAGAGGAAUUCGCCAUUCCCACGUCACAGAGUUAUCUGCAAUUGCAUAACUUCGUUACGCAAUCCGUGCUGCACGCUGCUAAAAUUGCGGAUGAAAAAGGAGGUGCACCGUUGCUAAUCAUCCAUUAUGGUGGACAUGGAGAUCGGAAUGACGAUAAAGUACAAGGGGAAGAAAGAAGAUCAGUUUGGGCUGCACACGCAAAGGGAGAGCCCACGCUUGAGUGGUUUCGAAUACAAGACGAUAUCAAAAAUGCAGACGCAGAUGUCUUGCUGUUACUGGACUGCUGCUUCGCCGCGCAGGCUGGCCGGGCCCGAGAACGGCGUCCAGGUAGGUUUGAGCUUCUGGCAGCAUCAGCUAUGGGCAUGAAGACUCCCCAACCUGGGGAGCGGUCUUUCACCCGGGCAUUGAUUAGAGAGAUAAAGCGAUGUGUACAGAGAAACGGUUAUGUGGCAAUCGCAGACCUUCACAGACGGUUGGUGGCUCGCGAGGCGAAUCUACAUGCAACUCCAGUUCACGUUAUGCUUACGCCGACUCAACCGACGAUGCGAUUGUCACCCCUUCCACAAAAAUUUUGUUCGAGUGCCAACGAGGAUAUUGAAGGUCCUUAUUUUCAGCUUCUCUUCCGAACUGUAGGCCAGCUCAACAAGGCACACAUAGAAGAGUUAGCCCAGUGGUUAGGCGCUGACAUGCCUCGGAUGGUGACCGCCCUCCAUGUCCAAAAUAUACUUGAAACCACAACUCAGAUCCAGAGCUUCGUUGAGAAGGUGCGACAGGAUGGUCAGCCGCUAGCAAAGACACUGGACGAGCCUGCAUUUGAAGACAUCUUAAAGGCAUGGGACAACGUUCAAGCACUUGUUGAACAGCACAUCGCUCAGCAGAACAGCGCUUUUCGCACGCAAGAGAACAUGAUCAUCAUUAAAGAGCGCGUUCGGAGAUUCCUAAUUCAGCUCGAAGCAGAAAAUUCUGCGUUCGUCGAUACAGUAGAGCGCAAGAUUCUGAACUCCACCAGGCUUACCGAUCUCUCCGCUCUGAGCGAAGCGAUCGAUGACCCUGCAACCCAAAUGUUCGGCAUUGCAGAUCAAUUAAGGCUACGUCGGCUAGUCCACAAAUCCAGCGUCUUCGGCAUGCCUCAAAGUGAGUCUAAAGCUGCCGCCAAUGCUCACUUUGCAGUUAUGCAGGAGUAUAAAAAUUACGGUCGAUACGUUGAUCCGGGGGAGAUGCCAGAUUUGACGGCGCGAGUGGCUCAUUUAGCAGAGCUAUUAAAUGCACCAAAGAGCCCAGGCUUUCUCUCAUUACGUUGCUGCCGUUGGUCCCAUGAUCAUUCUGAAAAUCGCUUCGUUCUUGAUUUCGAAAUACCUCAUCCGUAUGAAACAACACCGGGUGCAUACCACACCUUGCAGUCAAUUAUUCUUCAUUCAAAAGCUUCCGCGAGGCCGUCCUUGAAUGAUCGGUUUAAGAUUGCAUUCCUUCUAGCAAAAGCAGUGCAGAAGUGGCAUUCUGUUGGUUGGGUUCACCAAGGUAUUAGCUCUCCCAAUGUACUCUUCUUCAGCCUCAAGAAUGAGACAACAAUCGACUAUUCUCGUCCAUUCCUACAAGGCUUCGAAUUUGCCCGUCCAGGAUCAGACCCCUCAAUUGGACGUUCAAACGACGACAUUGCCUUCAACGUGUAUCGCCAUCCAAGCAGGCAAGGGUCUCUACGUAAAGGCCACACUAAGAUGCAUGAUAUUUACUCGUUGGGUGUUGUACUGCUUGAAAUUGGCUUAUGGCAAAGUGCUUUGCAUAUUGUGAGCCACAAGAUAAAGGGUCCAGUAACACCAAACUCGAUGCUCCAGAGACUUCAAGGCGCCUGUUUAGAGCGGCUUGCUCAUUAUGCUGGAGCUUCGUACCAAGAAGCAGUGCAUGUGUGCCUGACUUCGAGUUUUGAAGUGGAAUUGGAUGACGAGAACGAGUCCCGCCUAGCAACUUCAUUCCAGACCCGAGUUAUUGACGAGCUGGGCAAGGGAGCACCCAUCUAUUAA